CAGCCUAUCAUAAAGAAUGAGACCACGAUUGUGCUAAAGAAAUUUCAGACUAUCAUAGAUGGCCAUAGUCCAAACACAAUGGGAGACCUGAAAAAGCUUCAAAGAAAACAUUCCUUUCCUGGCUACCUUUUCGUGGGUUCCACCAAUGAAGGCAGGCACCAUGUUAAUCUACUUUAUUUCAUAACGAAAAUGACCUGGUGUGGUAAAGCACAGCAAAGCCAAAAAGAGGGCAUUUAGAAGUAAACCGAAAAUGCCAAAUCUCAUGCGGCCGCUUUAAUUUACCAGAUUUUUCAAACAUCGGAGUAGGUGCAUCCUAUACCCGUCCGACGAGUAAUUUUACAGGGAAAAAUUAAUACUUUAAUCAGCAGAAGACUUUUUACAGCAGAGAUGUUUAAUGUAAAUACGCCUUUGAUAGAAACAACAGGGGGUUCAAAGUGAAUGUAUACCUAUCGAAAGUGUUUCGAAAAUUAAUUUCACAAUAAUCUGAGGAUAAGUUGCAGGGCGUUUUACAAGAAUGACUAUUUCAUAGUUUCUUCAUUUGUUAAAUGUCCCAGCAAGUUACCUAGUGAAUUUGUGGGUUUGGAAAAAUCAUACUAUUCCCCGAAAAACCCAGCUGGGUAUUGCUGAAUAAGUUUUUGUUUACUUCUUUAUUAAGGCUAAGCUGGAAGAUGCUGAAGUGGUUUGGCUUCUGAUAGAUUUCAGUUGAAAUAUUGCUUCCUAAUCUGCCUAUUAUGAACCUUGAAAAUCUUUCGCGGUUGCCAGAUCUGAGAGUCCAUUUCUAAAGCAAGGUAAAUCUUGUAUAUGCUGACGAAUUCUUCAAUCUGCUAGCAUACUGUGUAAAGAACGAGGCAAUGGUUUAUCAAUAAUUUUAGGCAGAGUUGUGUGAAGAAGAAAUCAUGUUGAGUGGGUCUGAAAUCGAGCAAUAAAUCAGAUCUGGAUGUUUUCUCUCAGGUUGUCUAAAUUUGUCAAUGAUGCAUUCAAUUCAGUAACCAUUGAAAUGAUCCGCUAUAUGAAGGACGCUGUUUGGGGCGAAUCAAUAUGUGGAAACUGAUUCUAUUUGAAGAAUACUGUUUUUGAGAAAUCUUAUCUGGGCAUUGCUGAACCAGACGAUCUGAGCUGGGUCAGGAUGUUGCAGAAAGGGUGGACAAUAUGAUGGUGCUCUACUGAAUUAAUCCUGUUUUUUGAUAAAUGCAGUUCUUGAAAACUCCUCAUCUAAUAGAAGCAGCAACUGCAGCUGGAAUUAAAAUUCUAUGUAUAAAAACCCAAUUUGGCAUCACCCUAGUUUACCAGAGAAUCCCCAAGAAACAAUGGCUUUGAAACCGAUAUUUUCAAUCAUCUUUUUCCUUGUAAUCUCGAUCUGUUGCAUUUCAGUCUCUGCAGAAUGCCCACUAAACUUCAAAAUAUUGUCAAAUUUCUCAGAGACGAUCAGUACAGCCAAAACUAGAAACAUCUCUGAACAAUGCCAGGCUGCACGGCAGGGUCUGCAUUUAGUCCUUUCUGAAUAUCUCCUUACAGAUAGUCGAUUCCUCCCACCAACAAAUUCUUCCUCUGACUGCUGGGAAGCCUUUGAGACACAAAUAAAUGCAUCAGGCUCAAGUUUUGAUAUCAGAAGCAGUUGUGGGUAUGAUACCCUGUCUAUCUCUGAGGGCUGCCUGAACAUCACAACACGAAAAGAGUUUGAAGAAAGGGUCCCCCUCGGCAGCAGGCAGAGCAUGGCUAGUGCUUGUAAUCAAACCCUUACUGGCUCUGCCUGCACAGAGUGCUCAGCUACUUUAUCUACUUCCCCCACAAUUUAUCUCAAGGGGAAUUCUACAUCAAAUUUAACAGACUGUACUUCUUAUCCAAUCAUUUAUGCUGCUGCACUUCUGAACAAAUUUGGGCCGACAGAUGAAAAUACUGCCGAAUGUUUGUUUUUCAUUGCCCUGGGUUUGAAUCAGGAUAAGAAAAACCUGGCUUGGGUAUAUGGCACUGUUGCUGCAGGGGUUUUGUUGGGGGCUAUGGUUAGUGGUUUGUUAGGUUUCUUUUACUGGAAACGAAGGAGAGCCAUUAAGAAAAGAGCCUUGGUGGAGGAUAUUCGUAUUCAUUUUGCUGAGCCAUCUUCCAUGCACCCUAAUAGUACCCUUGUUCGUUUCAGCAUCGAAGACAUCAAGGUAGCCACGAAGAAUUUUCAUAGAGAUAAUAUUAUUGGUGUUGGGGGGUUUGGGAAUGUUUACAAGGGGGUUUUGUCAGAUGGAUCAGUUGUUGCUGUGAAGAGGUUUAAGAAUUGUUCCCCAGCUGGUGAUGCGAGUUUUGUGCAUGAGGUGCAGGUGAUUUCUAGUAUUCGGCACCGUAAUUUGGUGGCACUGAAGGGUUUUUGCAUGGCCCCUGUUUCUAUAGAGGGCCACCAGAGGAUCAUAGUGUGUGAAUACAUGCCUAAUGGUAGUCUGCAUGAUCAUCUCUUUGGGCGUUGGUCUCAUAACAGAUUGGAUUGGGGUGCCCGCUGCAAGAUAGCAGUGGGCAUGGCAAGGGGGCUAGCUUACCUGCACCGGGAUGUGCAACCAGCCAUAAUUCAUAGGGAUAUCAAGGCAAGCAACAUUCUUCUGGAUGAGAAUUUUGAUGCCCGGGUUGCAGAUUUUGGGCUUGCCAAGUUUACUCCUGAGGGCGUGACUCAUGUGAGCACCAGAGUCGCUGGCACACAUGGGUAUGUAGCGCCAGAGUAUGCACUGUAUGGGCAAUUAACAGAGAAAAGUGAUGUAUAUAGCUUUGGCGUUGUGCUUUUGGAGCUUCUGAGUGGUAGAAAGGCUCUCCUUUCAAAUGCACAGUCACAGUCACUGCACAUCACUGACUGGGCUUGGUCACUUGUGAGAAAAGGGAGCAGUUUGGAAGUAAUUGAACAGGAUAUGGAGGAUCCAGGUACACCAGAAGCAAUGGAAAGGUACGUCAUGAUUGCUUUGCUAUGUGCUCAUCCACAGUUGCAUUGCAGACCAACUAUAGAUCAAGCAUUGAAAAUAAUGGAGAGUGAUCUUCCUCUGCCUCAUAUUCCAGAUCGCCCCCUUCCGCUUAUUGCAGACUUGGAAGAUAUUGAGAGGUCUGCUAGUACUAGUGGCUCAGGGCAAUACUCAAGUGCUUCUGGAUAUCAAUCUUACAGCACAGAGAAGAGUUUCAAUGCUUUAGAUUCGCAGAAUGGCCGCUGACAUUCAUCUCAUCUUUCAAACCUGAAAAUGGUGGUCGAAGCUUUGAUUAGACUCUUAACUUGCAGUUCUGUGGACGACAAACUUGAAGCUGCUCAAUUUAUCAUGGAUUUGGAAGAUAUUGAAAUUUAAGAGGUCUGUUAGUAAUAGUGACUCGGGGCAUUACUCAAGUGCUUCAGGACAAUAUUACAGCACAGAUAUGAGUUUCACUGCCUUAUAUUCUCAGCAUGGUUGCUGAAAUUCAUCUCAUCAUCCAGACCUGAAAAUGGUGGUUGAAGCUUUAAUUAAACUCUCACUUGCAGUUCUGUCGAUGACAAACUUGUAGCUGCUCAACUUAACCAAUUCUUCAUGAAUGAUUCUUUGCAGGUGUACAGAUUUGUUUUCUUUAAUUUUGUGGAGAAAUCCUUCAUUUGAGAGUUUGUGCGUACAUUUGAGGUGAGCUUCAUAAUCAAUUGAUGACAAUUCUACAGUUUACUUGUAAUAUAUAAAGCAAAAAAAACCUCACUUAUGUCUUGAGAAAGAAAACCUUGAACUUUUAAGUUCAACAGUUUUAUUGUAGAGACUUUUACUUGUAAUUUUAUGUGUUGAAUUUCACCA